UACAUACAACAACAACAGCAAUCAUCACCAUCAUCUAGGUUUUCUGCUUCCUGUACCAGUUCACACUCUGAUUCAUUUCACCAUGUGCUGCGUCACGUUCCUCCGCUGCCGCUGAAGAAGAAGAACCCGCUGAGCUGGCGGUCAACGAACGAUCAGUUAACCACAGUCAAUGAUGAUGGAUCACUCGCAGCCGGCUGCAGCUCCCCCGGCAGUGGCCGCUGAUUCUGCGAUCGCCGCUGGACAUGAUAGGAGGUCUUCCGUGGCGGAGAAGAGGAAGCGAGGCCGGCCACCGAGGGGGCAGGCAAUCGCUAAGCCCCCCCCACUUAGGAAGAUGAUGGAGGAGGAAGACGUUUGUUUCAUCUGCUUCGAUGGUGGCUCUCUCGUUCUCUGCGAUCGCAAGGGCUGCCCAAAAGCAUACCACCCAGCUUGUAUUAAGCGGGAUGACUCAUAUUUCAGCUCAACCGCGAAGUGGAAUUGUGGUUGGCAUAUAUGCAGUGUGUGUCAGAAGUCUUCCCACUAUAUGUGCUACACAUGUACAUUCUCAUUGUGCAAGGUUUGCACAGCAAGCACUGAUUACUUCAGUGUCAGAGGAAACAAAGGUUUUUGCUCUACAUGCAUGAAAACUAUCAUGCUGAUUGAAAACAAAGAUGAAGUAAUUAAAGAGAAGGUACAUGUAGAUUUCGAUGAUAAAACCACAUGGGAGUAUCUUUUUAAGGUAUACUGGAUUGACCUAAAAGGAAAGCUAUCACUGACACUAAAUGAUCUUUUGCUAGCCAAACGACUCAGAAAAGAAACCCCUCCUACUUCUUCCUCAAUCAUUGGUGGUCAGGUAGAUCAGGCAGAGGUUAGACGUUGUGGGUCUGAAACUUCAAAUGCAACUCUUCCCAUGGAGAACCGAAUUCCAGGUGGUGGUUGUAACAGUGAAGAAACACAACAGUUGUGGUAUUACCGUGAUCCCACGAGUACUGUGCAGGGUCCAUUUUCAAUGAUUCAGUUGGGUGGUUGGAGUAAAGCGGGGUUUUUCCCUCCUGAUUUGAAAGUGUGGAAAAACAAUGAGCAUGAUGGGUCAGUGCUACUAACUGAUGCAUUACUCCAUAAACCUCCCAAAAUCCCUGGUAGUGUAGUAGUUCAAGCAUUGGACCUUCGAGGAGUGUCAAAUGUAAAUUUAGGUGAAAAUAAACAGAAGAAAGAAAAUGUGUGUUUGGAUGGUGGUGAUGAAUGUGCGCGGACAGAUGACUCAGGCACUCAGUCUUUCUUGGAUUUGCUAAAGGGUAAAAUUUCCUUGUCCGAGAAAUCCCAAGCCGGGCACCAAUUUCAUUUAUCGAGUCAUGGACCACCCGAAAAGAGACCAGGUGUUGAAUUUCAGGCAAAUGUUCCCAUUCUGGACCAUCAUGAAAUGCACUAUAAUUCCCAGGCCUGUUUAAUUCAAUCGACAGGACAAAACUGGGAAUCUGUGUCCCUAACAACCUCAAAAAAUGUGCCUCAGGCCACACAUUUUGCAUCAGUCACCACUAAGCUGGAUGCCCCCCCUGAGCAGAACGUUAGGAUAAGCUUCACCGCCCUCCUCAAUGACUCUUCACCAACAGCGGGCGGUGAUAAGAGUUGGGAAGUCCAAGCAGCCGAGGAGCUGCUAUCAUUGUCAUCAUGCUUUCCUAACCAACGCCCCAAUCUCCACCAUGAUCAUCCUAGCCCCUCACCUAGCGGCGAAGAUCAUCAAUAUGGCCGGAAUGUGGAAACCAAAGAACAUUCUUCUUCAAACCUCCCGUCUUGGAGCAGUGCUUCCAGUAUAGCUGUUAACGAAUGGGAUUCCGGUCUGGUCACUAAUAACUUGCCACAAAAACCGCUUGAAACUGCAGGCACGCCCACUUCAAAUGCUGACCAUCUGAUGAAUUCCUCUCCAUCUCAUCUGACCUUGAAUGUGUCCAGCUGGCAGCCAAUCGAGUUCACUACCCUAGAUGAGGAGUCCGUGUCUGACCUAUUGGCUGAAGUCGAUGCCCUUGAGUCCCAAAGUGGCUUGGGUUCACCAGCUUCCGCCCUGAGAUGCAGCAAGGAAAUGAUACCAAAGUUCAAGAAUGAGUACUUUAACUUCUUUGAGGAACUCAGCCCGAUGCCAGAUCCCUCUAAAACCGGCACCUUUAGCUCUCUGCAUUGUGACCGAUGAUAUCGUUCUCAGCCAAACACAAAUCUGAGCUCUUCUAGAGCAUAUUUCAGAACCUCCUGGAAGCAUAUUGCGUCUGAUUUAUGUGGGCGGUUUCGUUUUUUGAAGAGCAUUUUGAAGUUGUAUCUGUAACCAGUGUUGUAACUUUAGCUGGAAAAAGCUCCGUCAGAAAUGGCACAAAGGAACAAACGGAAUAGCUUGAAAAAUAAUUUUGCUGUUUAAACAACGGUGGGAUAGAGGGAAGAGAGUAGUAUUACCUUUCUGCUCUCAUUUAAUCAUUAGCAGAAAUGUUUUGUACUUGUAACUGAUGAUAGACUUGACUUAUUAAUGUUGUGUAUCAAUCAGAUGUAUAAGAAACAUGACAUGCAAGCCCAUUCUUUUCACUUUAAUUUAUUGGGAGAAAGAACAAAAUUGUACACUAUCGUUAAGCGUGAAUGUCUUUUUAUAGGCCACUACGGUUUCAAGCAC